GGUCUUUGUCCUCGCCGUCGACGACGUCCCAGAGAGAUGAUAGCCCAUGAACAAGAGCCUCCAAUUCCAAAAUUUCAGGCUUUUAAACUCUUCCCCUCCUAGAUCGAUCUCCAAUCAUCACAUAUCGCUACACCCACAUCAUUCAAUCAUAGCUCUCGUAUCUCCAAUCAUCUUUUCAUUCACCUAAUCUUACAAUAAACGCUAAAACUCUCAUACCCAAUCGCAAAAGAGAAUGAAGAAGAAGCUCCAGCGUCUAAAGAGUACGGAUUUUAUAACUGUGGCCAAAUCAUCCUCCAAUUGUGCUAUCCGGGAUGGUGGUCGACGGCGGCUCUAGGGCGAAGGAAAAAAAAAAUUCCAAAAAUUAAUUCCAAAAAGACUCUUGAGAGUCUUGAUUCCCCAUUUUCCAUCUUCACUGUAUUUGAUGAGGAUUUUUUUUCCCUUUUUAGUUUUUUUUUUACUUGUUGCAGAUUUGACUCUCUUUUUUUUUUCCAAAGACAAUUAAAUCAUUUAAAGGGUUUUGCCUCUGAUGUCUGAUGUCUCUCUGUCUCAUCAAGUUACUGUUUUUUUUAUUCUGAGUGAAAUUUUACAUUUUUCACAGGUGAUUGGAACCAAGACAAAGAUCUGUAUAGUUAUGGAAUACGUUUCAGGUGGUCAGCUUUCAGACAGACUUGGAAGACAGAAAAUGAAAGAAUCAGAUGCUAGAAAACUUUUCCAACAAUUGAUUGAUGCUGUUGAUUAUUGUCAUAACAGAGGAGUUUAUCAUAGAGAUCUUAAGCCACAAAACUUGUUACUAGAUUCAAAGGGUAAUCUACAAGUUUCUGACUUUGGAUUAAGUGCAGUUCCUAAAGUAACAAUUUCUAAUUUUCUAGUCACACAAAGCAAAAUAUUUGGGUUUGUAACAAUCAAAGGAUGCUAAAUAAGACUUUUGGUUUAUGUAAUUCACAGUCGGGGGAUAUGCUCUCUACAGCUUGUGGCUCUCCAUGUUAUAUAGCACCAGAGGUAACCUUGCUGGUUAUCCUCCGUUCCAUGAGACCAUAUGCUUUCUGUUUUGUAUAAGAAGAUAGAUACUCAGAGUAGAUUACACGUUCCCACAUGGAUUCACUAGAUCUGAACUGGAUCUUGCAGGAAAAUGUUGUGGAGAUAUAUAAAUGCAGCAACUGCGUCUUCAAAUUUCAUAAACGCAGUAAACAUGGAUACAUUGUCGAUUUAAAAUUGUGCUUUCAUAUGUUCGUUGGGACAUUAGAUCCAAGGCUUCAUCUAGUACCUAUAAAAUAUCAACAACCCUAAGAAUAACUGAUUCUUAGAGCAAAAAAAAGGUCAGCUGCAGAGCUGUGGGUAUGCACGACAUGACAUGAUAGCGAUCCGGGAACAAGACCGACUAGAGAGAGAGAGUAAACGAUGCUCGGUAAAACAAGUA